CAAUAUCUUCUUUUCUGAAGAACGUCUCUUAUUAAUCAGGAACACGGAAUGGAAACCAAUCAGAUAGAAGAGUUCCUCUGGCUUCAGCUUCCUGCCUGCCUGAGUUAAAAGUGAUGCUGGAGAGAGAGGCACACUGAGAUGCGUGAAGAUUCCGCUGUGAAGAUACCAUAAAAAGAAAAGAGAAGGAAUGAGGCAGAAGCAACAGCGCAAUUGUCAGUGCUGAGCAAGGCUAAAGUCACUUCUGCUGCUAAAUAACGAGAGACAAACAAUACACUGGACUUGACAUUCCUCUGAAGCCACAGAUAAUGAGGACUUAUCAUUGCAUAUCAUUAUUUAUCUGGACCUACAUAUUCCAUAUAGUGGACACCACUCCAUUUCAAGAAAAAUCUAACAGUCAUUUAACAAGCAAAACAGUCGUGAGCCUGACCAAAAGUGAUGGUAAGAUGCUGCGUCGCACCAAGCGGGGCUGGAUGUGGAAUCAGUUCUUCCUACUGGAAGAGUACACAGGUGCAGACACGCAGUAUGUGGGCAAGCUUCACACUGACCAAGACAAAGGAGAUGGAAAUUUAAAGUACAUAUUAACAGGAGAUGGGGCCGGCAGUCUGUUCGUUAUAGAUGAAAAGACAGGAGACAUUCAUGCUGCAAAGAAAUUAGACAGAGAAGAAAAAUCCUUGUACAUUCUUCGAGCCAAGGCUAUAGACAGAAAGACCGGGCGGCAGGUGGAGCCAGAAUCGGAAUUUAUCAUUAAAAUCCAUGAUAUCAAUGACAAUGAGCCAAAAUUCACAAAAGACGUGUACACUGCCAGUGUUCCUGAAAUGUCUGGAGUUGGUACUUCGGUCAUUCAAGUGACUGCAACAGAUGCAGAUGAUGCCAACUAUGGAAACAGUGCCAAAGUGGUCUACAGCAUAUUACAAGGACAGCCAUAUUUUUCAGUGGACCCAGAAUCUGGUGUAAUAAAAACCGCAUUACCAGACAUGAGCAGAGAAAACCGAGAGCAGUAUCAAGUGGUUAUACAAGCCAAAGACAUGGGUGGCCAGAUGGGCGGCCUGUCCGGGACCACCACUGUGAACAUCACCCUGACAGACGUCAACAACAAUCCUCCUCGGUUUCCGCAGAGCACUUAUCACUUUAAUUCUCCUGAGUCUGUUCCUCCUGGAACCCACCUUGGAAGGAUAAAAGCCAGUGACCCUGACAUGGGGACGAACGCGGAGAUGGAAUACAGCAUUGCAGAAGGAGAUGGAGCGGACACAUUCGAAGUCGUCACCGACAAGGACACACAGGAAGGGAUCAUAACUGUCAAAAAGAAUUUAGAUUUUGAGAAAAAAAUGCUGUACACUUUAAGAGUGGAUGCAAGCAACACUCAUCCUGACCCACGAUUCUUACACCUGGGACCUUUCAAAGACACAGCGGUGGUCAAGAUCUCUGUGGAAGACGUAGAUGAGCCUCCCGUGUUCAGCAAACUCUCUUACUUGAUAGAAGUUGACGAAGAUGUAAAGGAGGGCAGUAUCAUAGGACAAGUCACAGCAUAUGACCCGGAUGCCAUGAACAAUUUAAUAAAAUACUCUGUUGAUCGACAUACUGAUAUGGACCGGAUUUUCAGCAUACACUCAGAAAAUGGCUCUAUUUUUACUCUGAAACCCCUGGACCGGGAAUCAUCCCCUUGGCACAAUAUUACCAUUACAGCCACAGAAAUAAAUAACCCAAAACAAAGCACUCACAUUCCAGUCUUCAUCAGAAUCCUAGAUAUAAAUGAUCAUGCACCCGAAUUUGCCAUGUACUAUGAAACAUUUGUUUGUGAAAAUGCAAAACCUGGCCAGUUGAUUCAGACAAUCAGUGUAAUGGACAAAGAUGACCCUCCCCGGGGCCAUAAAUUCUUCUUCGAACCUGUGCCAGAAUUUCCUCUCAAUCCAAACUUCACCAUUGUAGACAAUAAAGAUAAUACAGCCGGAAUCAUGACUCGAAAAGAUGGCUACAGCCGCAACAAAAUGAGCACCUACCUACUGCCAAUUUUAAUCUUCGACAAUGAUUACCCUAUUCAAAGCAGCACUGGCACCCUCACCAUCCGUGUGUGUGCCUGCGACAAUCAAGGGAACAUGCAGUCCUGCAAUGCGGAGGCCUUGGUCCUCUCUGCAGGGCUGAGCACGGGCGCUCUGGUCGCCAUCCUUCUCUGUGUCCUCAUCCUGCUCAUUUUAGUCAUGCUGUUUGCUGCAUUGAAGAGGCAAAGGAAAAAGGAACCGCUCAUCAUUUCAAAGGAUGAUGUCCGCGACAACAUCGUGACCUAUAAUGACGAAGGAGGCGGGGAAGAGGACACACAGGCUUUCGACAUUGGCACUUUACGGAACCCAGAAGCAAGAGAAGACAGCAAAGUUAGACGAGACGUCAUGCCUGAAACUAUUUUUCAGAUCCGGAGGACUGUACCCCUGUGGGAAAACAUUGACGUGCAGGAUUUUAUCCAUCGAAGAUUAAAAGAAAAUGACUCAGAUCCAAGUGCACCUCCUUACGAUUCUUUGGCAACUUAUGCUUAUGAAGGGAAUGAUUCUGUGGCGAAUUCCCUCAGCUCUUUAGAAUCUCUCACUGCUGAUUGUAACCAAGAUUACGAUUACCUCAGCGACUGGGGGCCUCGUUUUAAAAAACUGGCAGAUAUGUAUGGGGGUGAUGACAGCGACCGAGACUAAGAGUAUUUCAUGACUUGAUCAAUAUUAGUGGAAGUACUGUCUUUGUUACUAGAUUGAGUGGCCUGCAUUCUCUUCAGAGGAGUUAUCGAAAAUCAAAAUUACAAUCAAUACAUAAGUGUUGUCUUAGUAAGGGUUUUCUUAAUCAGUAAGUUUAUGUGAAUGAAUAUGAAUGAUAUAGAUUUAAAAACAGUAAUAAUAACCAGUUCACCUGUUUUGCCUAAUAAUCUUGAAAGAAAAUUAUAUCAUAUCAAUAAUCAAUAAAAAUAAAAAAGGCUUUUUGUGCCUUUUCUUAGGUAUAAGAAAUUUGUAAAUGUUUUCUUAACUGACUUUCAAUCACCUUUACUAUUAUAUUAAACAUUGUGCAACUGCUUUGUAAAUUAAUAUGGAAAAAGUAUAUCCCUAAUGAAAUAGGAAUGACUACUACUGCCAUAUUUAUUUAGUUGAAGAAUGUCUUUGUGUUAAUUCAUUCAUAUUUUUAUAAAU